CUCUGGUUGGUGGGGCGGUGUGUGUGCGUGGUGUGCGUGGCACAUUAACAUACUGUGUAACACACAGGUAAACGAGUACCACUUUCGUUUCAUUAAGUUGGCACAAGAGUUGUUGUGUAUACGUGCUGGUGUACAUGUAGUAGGACUAGGAGUUGAUCACCACACAGUCUGUAUUUACAGAAGCUCUAUAUAUGUUUAGCUGUCAACAUGGCCUGCUUACUGACAUGUUGUCGCGGUGGUGGUGACGAAACUGACAACGGUGGCCCUGCUCCUCCAGCAAUCGGUAUGAAAGAAUCCGAAUCCGAUGACAACCUUGCAGCCGGUCACACCCAUUACAAGAUCUACGUCAAGACGGGUGAUCGCAAGGGUGCUGGUACUGACGCAAACAUCUUCAUAAUCCUACACAACGCCAAUGAUGUUGCCUCCAAGGAAGUCAAACUCGACAGGCUCUUCCACGAUGACUUCGAACGGGGGAAGACCGAUGACUUUAAGGCGAAGUUACCGUCUGACUUCGGGCCCGUGAAACGGAUUGAGUUGUGGCGUGACACCCACGGGGCUUUCGACGCGUGGUACCUGGAGAAGAUCGACAUCUACGAGACGCCGAAGGGCGGUGAGAGGAAGGGGCCGUAUCAGUUCCCGGUCCACAGAUGGAUCCCCGGGAAGAAGAGGGUGAUAUUCAACGAGUUUGACAGCCUCUUGCCUCAGCAUGAUCCGCUCAAAGAUACACAACGCAAGGAGGAGUUGGCGAUGCAUCGUAAACUCUAUCAAUUCAAGAGCCAAGCACCAGAAGCAGGUCUUCCUUGCCAGGUGGUUGAUUUACCUUCUGAUGAGAAGUUUUCAUUUGAGUAUGUGUUUGAUCUUGCCAAGCGGAAGGCAAACCUUCUUCUCCAGAGCAAAAUCUCAAAGAAGUUCACCGGAAAAUGGCACAAUCUGGAUGACCUCUCCAACGUCUACCACGGGGUCUUUGAAAAACCAUCCGGUAUGAGAAUGUGGAAAUCUGAUGUUGAGUUUGGACUGCAACGACUCAUCCGAUGCAACCCGACCCAGAUCAGACUCUUCAAAGAGAUACCAGAGAAAUUUGGUGUGACUGAUGAGAUCGUUGGACCGUUUCUAGAGGGUCUGACCAUCCAAGAAGCAAUUGAAGUGAAGAAACUGUACUAUGUGGACUAUGACAUUCUUCAGGGGCUACCGGUUAAAAAGGGCACCCCAAUUAUAUCGCCCAUUGGUCUCUUCUUCGUCAACAAAGACAAGAACCUAGUUCCAGUUGCUCUGCAGUUGGAACAAGAGAAAGGACCAGAGAAUCCGAUCUUCAUCCCCAGUGAUCCUGAAUACACCUGGCUCCUUGCUAAGAUGUGGUUCAACUUCGCUGAUGCCUCCUACCACCAGUCCGCCACCCAUCUUGGCCUGACUCAUCUUGCAAUGGAGUCGGUUGCCGUCUCGAUGCACGUCUCCCUCUCUCCUUCUCAUCCCAUCUUCAGACUCCUGUCUCCGCACUUCCUCUUUCUCAUGGCCAUUAACAGCCGUGGAUUAGCUCUACUCAUCUCAGUUGAUGGAUGGGUCGAUAAGACGAUGAACAUCGGCCGGGAGGGCAUGUUCGCUCUGAUCGGACGCUCCUUCAAGAGGUGGCGACUCGACGUCAACGCCACCCUCCCCAAGGAUCUGGAAGAGAGGGGCGUGGACGACAGGGAGGCACUCCCAAAUUACCACUACCGAGAUGAUGCCAUCCUUGUGUAUGAAGCUAUGGAGAAGUACGUCAGACAAGUCGUGGAAGCACAUUAUUUAACUCCUGAGACGAUUCAGAACGAUUAUGAGCUCCUGGAAUGGGGGCGUUUGAUGGCGGCACCGCAAGACCAAGGAGGGAUGGAGAUACGGGGGGUGCCUGUUGACGGUAAGUUUGCAACCGUUGAGGACAUCAUCAGUACGGUGACACCAAUCAUGUUCACCUGCAGUGUCUCGCACGGUGUGGCAAACUUCUCCCAGUACGAUGACUAUGCCUUCCCACCGCACUACCCUGCUGGCAUGAAGAUGGCCCCGCCUAAAGAUAAGAGUCCUCGGACAGAAGAAGACAUUCUGGACAACCUCCCAGACAAAGCAACCACCGUUGACGUCAUGACGGUCACCAGACUACUCAGCGAGAAGACCACAAAUAGCCUUGGUGACUUCGAGGUGCAGUACGGCUACUGUCCAAUCUCCAUGGCGGCACUGGAGGAGUUCAGGAAGGACCUGAAACGGAUCUCAAGUAUUAUUGAUACGAGGAAUAGGGCCAGGGAGCACCCGUAUGAGUACUGCAACCCUAGGGAUAUCCCAAAUGCUAUUAGUAUUUAGAGAUGGGCGUUAACCCAAUUGUACAGGGUUACUUAUCAAAGGCACUGAACACCUUUUUAUUUUAUUUUAUUUUUUUUUAUUUAAAAUAUUUUUACAUUCGUGGCCAACGGCCAAAUGGUAAUGUUGGUCAAAAACCAGUACUCUCAUUUAUUUUCAAUCGUUGUCUGAAAUGUAUACCCUGACCUUAGCUGAAACACUGUCCAUGCAAUAGUCAGUGUGUUUUGUGGAUGAACUUUCAUCAUUAAAGACACCGUACACCUUUGGGGUAGGCCCCCCUACUAAUAUUAUUGUCAAAUACCAGUAUUCUCACUAGGUGUAUCACAACAUAUGCACAACUUAACAAAUCUGUGAGAAAGUUUU